CUCCCCAUCGCCAACCGUGAGCAGAGACGAUCCGCAGGUACGAGCCGCUCGCCCUCAAAUCAUCUUGCCUCCUUCACCGAGUGCUCAAGGUUUCUUGACCUUGACAACUCUUCGUCCGAACGACACAACGUCACCGCGCCACAGAUCGAGAGACUGACCAAAGCCCAAUCCAGAAAUGUCGUCCACGAAGGGAAAGAAGCCUGCCGGCAAGCCUCAGCGCUCCGCCAUUGCGGACGUUGUCGCCCGCGAGUACACCAUCCACAUGCACAAGAGAUUACAUGGUGUCACCUUCAAGAAGCGUGCUCCCCGUGCCAUCAAGGAGAUCAAGGCUUUCGCCACCAAGGCUAUGGGCACCACCGACGUCCGCCUGGACCCCCAGCUCAACAAGAAGGUCUGGGAGUGCGGCAUCAAGGGCGUUGCCUACAGACUGCGCAUCCGAAUUUCCCGACGACGAAACGACGAGGAGGACGCCAAGGAGAAGCUGUACAGCUACGUGCAGGCGGUGAACGUCAAGAACCCCAAGGGCCUCCCCACGGUUGUCGUUGAGGAAUAGAGCAAAAAGACGCUUCUCUGUUGGGACUGGUUCUUCGGGUGUGGCAUGGCAUUUUGGAGUUGCAACCGGCUGUUCUAGCUUUUCACGCUGAAAAUACAGAGGGAAAUGUGAUCAAGGCUUUGAACCCAAACCACUCUCGACGGCUUUUGCCGCUGGUGUCGCACACUCGCCGGCGCUGAUGCUAGGACACUUUGAGCGCUGAUUGACAUGGGGAUCGGGGUUAUUGGCGAGGGAAAAGAGCAAAUGCUUUCUGGCUUGCUUUGAAUCUAUUGAUGGGGAAAGCCAUCCAUCGUCAAUAGACAUCGCUUGAUGAUUG